AUGCUUCGCCUAGAAGGUGUUAUAUGGAGAAGCCAACGUAAAAGUGGACUUAUCAAGCAGUUUCUAAAAGAUGUGUACUGGGGUCAACUUGAUUUUCUAAUCGUUGAUGCUCCACCUGGAACCUCAUAUCGACACAUUUACAUUGUUCAAUGCCUUGAUACCACUGGAGUAGAUGGUGCAAUUAUAGUGACCAUUCCUCAACAAGUCUCUCUUAUUGAUAAUGGACGAACUCACCCAAAAAUCCAGAAUGCUCCACACGAAGGAAUCCUUGAGAAAAAACGAGAGCGAAUAACAAACACAUUAACUGACAUUGAUCAAAGCAACAUUGAGUGA